AUGUCGCUCGGGCUGUUUGUCAUUUCCCCGUCAAAGGCGCACAUAAGCCCGACACCCUUCACGAGGUUCCGGGCUGAGGAUGAAGCCGAUUCGUUUGUUGUUCCUCGCAUGGCCCAAGAUGAAGUAUUUGACCUCAUCGACGAUUUCUACGGCGCUUCACCGCCACGACCGACAACUCCUGGGCCUGAUUUUGGCGACGCUGAGUUUGUUGAUAUGAUGGAGAACCUGGAAGAGAUCGAAAAGUCGGCCCUGAACCCCGACAGCGAUCUGGAGAUGCAUGAUGUCUCUCCAUCACUUCAUGCCGCAAGUGCGCUCGACAUCGAAUCAUCUGCAGUUUCCCCUGCGCUUGCUCCCACUUCGGAGCGCGAGCCGUCCGGCGAUAACGACGAUCAUAUGUCCUACGACGCAUCCCCAUCUCCGACAGUUCAGAUGGCGCACUUGGUCGACGUCGACGCCUCCGCGCCUUCCACCUCGCCCAAAACUAGGCAACGACACCACAGCCCGUCCCUGCCAGUGUGGCCGACAAACGACGCAUCCCAUUUGCGACAGUCACCAGAUGCUUCCCCGUCGCAAUCAUCAGCGAUGCCGCCUCAAAUCACGCUCGAAACGAAGACGCCACAACACCAGCACCCUCACACACCUGUUCUACCAUUCACUGGCAAUAUGAAGGGCCCGGUGAGAGGAAGCUCUGUCGGUUUCUCCACGGGUGGUCACAGAUCGUCCAUGCAAGGAGAGAUGCGCGAAGAGGAGCAAGAACUUACCAACGGAGAUUUGGGAGAUCUCCCACCAUUUACAGGCUUCCAGAAGGUUUGCAAUGGCUCGAGUGGGGACAAGGUCGAUUCGCUGCUCGCGGAGGGCCAUUCAAAGGCAGCUCGCGACCUGUCCAGCUCGCGUGACAUUGUUGCGAAGCAGGUCACUGCGGCCGUCAAGCCUGUGCUUGUGAAGCAUGAAGCUGUCUCACAGCCACCGAUCGAUGUCGCUGCGAUGGGCAGGGAAGACUCUCAGCUGGGCUCAGCUGCCACCAAGAACUUGAAGCGUAGUCGGCACGAUUCAUCCCCAUUCAAUGCGCCCGCCAAGAAGGCGAGACAUCACUCGCCAAUUCUCUCAUCGGAGCCUUCUCAAAUUCCUCCCAAGCAGGAUGCCAACGGGACAAAAGCUACGCUUGUGGAAGAGAGUGACUCUUCUUUAACCGACAUUUCAUUAUCGGCGAUUCUAGCGGAGACUCCCGAGCAGCUUGGCCAGCAAAUUGAACCGCCUGCUGUAUUCCCACCCCAGAGUGACAAGCGUGAGCGUAAGGACUCGGUCGCGAUGUCUCUGCGCGACUUCAAAGCAGAGAUAACAUCUUCGCCAGUGAACGAAGAGGCUGUUGCGAAGCAUACGACGGCGACCCCAAAGGUAUCGCCUAAGAGAAAGCGUAGCAGACCAGCCGCCAGCGCUAAUUCUGGGCCCACCGCGUCGAAGACCAGUGGCAAGAACAAGAAGCCGGCGCCCGGAUUUGAUCUUAAAGGCAUCACUGAAGCUGGCAUUUUGGGUGACGUGCUGAAGAGCAAAGGACCACGACAGACUAGGGGACAGCAGAAGGCAAUCGCUGAUAUCAGGCCUGACCCUGCUCAGGCGGCCAAGCGUCGCCACACUGAUCACAUCAACUACAAGGAGUAG